AUGGAUAUGCCUCUUAUAAGCGGAAUAUUAAACGAGACAGAAUGUGAAAUAACUUCUAAGUACGACGCUACUGCACUUCUUGAGAAAUUGAAAGCGGGAGUUUGGACUGUGGAAGAAGUCACGGUCGCAUUUUGUAAAAGGGCGGCUGUUGCUCAUCAAUUGGUUCUUGCACGAGCGAAGAAACUCGAUUUAGGAUUCAACACAAAAUCCGAUCGAAAAUCCCUUCCUCCACUAUUCGGACUACCUAUUUCCCUCAAAGAUAGUUUUCAGGUUAGGGGAUUGGAUACUUCGACUGGAUUAGGUUGCUAUGUGAAUGAACCUGCUGAAGAAAACAGCGCGCUUGCUGCUAUGCUGAUUGAUCUAGGUGCGGUUCUUUACUGUAAAACUAAUUUACCCCAGUCAAUUAUGACAGGCGAUAGCGAAAAUAAUAUUUUCGGGAGAACUUUGAAUCCGCGGAAUAAAUCGCUUACGGCGGGUGGGAGUACCGGAGGUGAAGGUGCUCUUCUUGCGUUUCGUGGUAGUAUUCUGGGUGUUGGGACGGAUAUUGGUGGUAGUAUUCGUGUUCCGUCGGUAUGUAAUGGUAUUUAUGGAUUCCGACCUAGCGUAGGUUUGAUUCCUCAUACUGGUGUAAGAGAUCUUACACCGCAGGGAACAGAGGGUGUUCGAUCAACGGUUGGACCUAUGGCAACGUCACUUCGUGAUUGCUCUCUUUUUUUAAAGUCGAUACUUCAAGCAGAUACGUGGAAGUAUGACGGUAGUUCUAUCUCAAUUCCGUGGGUAGAUCUUAAACCUACUCAUAAGCUCCGGAUUGGUGUUGCUUAUGAUGAUGGUGUCUAUACUCCAUCACCGCCAGUUAGACGUGGUUUAAAGCAGGUUGUUGAUCUUCUUGAUGGGAAUAAGGAAAUUCAGGUCAUUAAUAUCAAUCUGCCCGACGUCAAGUCAAUUUACCAAGACUUUAUAAGUUAUAUGACAUUAUCAGGAAGCAAUUACUACUACGAACAAUUCAAGCGAACAGAGGAGCCACCAAUUCCAUCACUGACGGCAACUGGCCUAUUGAAAGUACCAGGAACGACAUUGCAGGGCUUAUUUGAUUUGAAUCACCGCCGAACCGAAGCCGCAAAAACGUAUCUCAAACUAUUUCGUGACAACGAUUUAGAUGUGAUUCUAAUGCCACCGGCUCCGCAUACGGCAGUGCCCUUGGACUGUUGGACAAAAGCAGCAUACACUAGUUUGUGGAAUUAUCUCGAUUACCCAGCUAUCGUGAUUCCUGUGGAUCAAGUGCAGGACACAGAUUUGGUUGAUGAAUUGGGCAACGCCAAAUUCGGUUCGAAUGAUGAGCAGCUUUACAGUCUGUAUACCGGCCCUGAACACUACAAGGACGCACCAAUUUGUGUGCAGGUUGUAGGAUACAGGCAUAGAGAUGAGGCUUUAGUGAAUGCGGCAGCUGUACUGGACUCGAUCAUAAACAAGGUUUAG